AUGCCAGGGCCGUGGGGGACCGCUGCUUGUCUAGGCGCUGCUCAGGGUUGCGGUUUUUUGUUUCCUUGGUGGAAUUUGGAAGGGGUCAUGCAUCAAACUGACGCGCCUCGACCCCUAAACUGGACUAUCCGGAAGCUAUGCCAUGCAGCCUUUCUCCCAUCUGUCAGACUUCUCAAGGCUCAGAAAUCUUGGAUAGAAAGAGCAUUUUAUAAAAGAGAAUGUGUUCACAUCAUACCCAGCACCAAAGACCCCCAUAGGUGUUGCUGUGGGCGUCUGAUAGGCCAGCAUGUUGGCCUCACUCCCAGCAUCUCCGUUCUCCAAAAUGAGAAAAAUGAAAGUCGCCUGUCCCGCAAUGACAUCCAGUCUGAGAAGUGGUCCAUCAGUAAACACACUCAGCUCAGCCCGACAGAUGCUUUCGGGACCAUUGAGUUCCAAGGAGGCGGCCAUUCCAACAAAGCCAUGUACGUGCGUGUGUCUUUUGAUACGAAGCCUGAUCUCCUCCUACACCUGAUGACCAAGGAAUGGCAACUGGAGCUUCCCAAGCUGCUCAUCUCUGUCCACGGGGGCCUGCAGAACUUCGAACUCCAGCCAAAACUCAAGCAAGUCUUUGGGAAAGGUCUCAUCAAAGCUGCUAUGACCACUGGAGCAUGGAUAUUCACUGGAGGGGUUAACACAGGUGUCAUUCGUCAUGUUGGAGAUGCCUUGAAGGACCAUGCAUCAAAGUCUCGGGGGAAGAUAUGCACCAUUGGCAUCGCCCCCUGGGGAAUUGUGGAGAACCAGGAGGAUCUGAUUGGGAGAGAUGUUGUCCGGCCGUACCAGACCAUGUCCAACCCCAUGAGCAAGCUCACUGUUCUCAACAGCAUGCACUCGCACUUCAUCCUGGCCGACAAUGGGACCACCGGGAAAUACGGGGCCGAGGUGAAACUCCGGAGGCAGCUGGAAAAGCACAUUUCACUCCAGAAGAUAAAUACAAGAUGCCUGCCGUUUUUCUCUCUUGAUUCCCGCUUGUUUUAUUCAUUUUGGGGUAGUUGCCAAUUAGACCCAAUUGGAAUCGGUCAAGGUGUCCCUGUGGUAGCACUCAUCGUGGAAGGAGGCCCCAACGUGAUCUCCAUUGUCCUGGAAUACCUUCGAGACACCCCGCCUGUGCCUGUUGUUGUCUGUGAUGGGAGCGGACGGGCGUCUGACAUCCUGGCAUUUGGGCAUAAGUAUUCAGAAGAAGGCGGACUUAUAAAUGAGUCGUUGAGGGACCAGCUGUUGGUGACCAUACAGAAGACUUUCACGUACACGCGAACCCAGGCUCAGCAUCUGUUCAUCAUCCUCAUGGAAUGUAUGAAGAAGAAGGAACUGAUCACAGUAUUUCGGAUGGGAUCAGAAGGACAUCAAGAUAUUGAUUUAGCUAUCCUGACAGCUUUACUCAAAGGAGCCAAUGCCUCCGCCCCAGACCAACUGAGUUUGGCUUUAGCCUGGAACAGAGUCGACAUCGCUCGCAGCCAGAUCUUUAUUUAUGGGCAACAGUGGCCGGUGGGGUCUCUGGAGCAAGCCAUGCUGGAUGCCCUAGUGCUGGAUAGAGUGGACUUUGUGAAAUUACUCAUAGAGAAUGGAGUAAGCAUGCACCGUUUUCUCACCAUCUCCCGACUAGAGGAACUGUACAAUACGAGACAUGGGCCUUCAAAUACAUUGUACCACUUGGUCAGGGAUGUCAAAAAGCGAGAAUAUCCAGGUUUCGGUUGGAUCUAUUUUAAGGGGAACCUGCCCCCGGACUACAGGAUCAGCCUGAUCGAUAUUGGCUUGGUGAUUGAGUACCUGAUGGGCGGCGCCUACCGCUGCAACUACACCCGCAAGCGCUUCCGCACCCUCUACCACAACCUCUUCGGGCCCAAGAGGCCCAAAGCCUUGAAACUGCUGGGAAUGGAGGAUGAUGUUCCCCUGAGGAGAGGAAGAAAGACAACUAAGAAGCGUGAGGAGGAGGUGGACAUUGAUUUGGAUGACCCCGAGAUCAACCACUUCCCUUUCCCCUUCCAUGAGCUCAUGGUGUGGGCCGUCCUGAUGAAGCGUCAGAAGAUGGCCUUGUUCUUCUGGCAGCAUGGUGAGGAGGCCAUGGCCAAGGCUCUGGUGGCCUGCAAGCUUUGCAAAGCCAUGGCUCACGAAGCCUCCGAGAAUGACAUGGUGGAUGACAUCUCCCAGGAGCUGAACCACAAUUCCAGGGACUUUGGCCAGCUGGCUGUGGAGCUCCUAGACCAGUCCUACAAGCAGGAUGAGCAGCUGGCUAUGAAGCUGCUGACGUACGAACUGAAGAACUGGAGCAACGCCACAUGCCUACAGCUGGCCGUGGCCGCCAAGCACCGGGACUUCAUCGCGCACACGUGUAGCCAGAUGCUGCUCACUGACAUGUGGAUGGGCCGGCUGCGGAUGCGCAAGAACUCAGGCCUCAAGGUAAUUCUGGGAAUUCUACUUCCUCCUUCAAUUCUCAGCUUGGAGUUCAAGAACAAAGACGACAUGCCGUACAUGUCGCAGGCCCAGGAAGUUCACCUCCAAGAGAAGGAGCCAGAAGAACCAGAGAAGCCUGCAAAGGAAAAAGACGAAGAAGACAUGGAACUGACAGCGAUGCUGGGACGCAGCAAUGGUGAGUCCUCAAGGAAGAAGGAUGAAGAGGAAGUUCAGAGCAGGCAUCGGUUAAUCCCCCUGGGGAGAAAAAUCUAUGAAUUCUACAAUGCGCCCAUCGUGAAGUUCUGGUUCUACACUUUGGCAUACAUCGGAUACCUGAUGCUCUUCAACUAUAUCGUGUUAGUGAAGAUGGAACGCUGGCCUUCCACCCAGGAAUGGAUCGUCAUUUCCUAUAUUUUCACUUUGGGGAUAGAGAAGAUGAGAGAGAUUCUGAUGUCGGAGCCAGGGAAGUUGCUACAGAAAGUGAAGGUGUGGCUGCAAGAGUAUUGGAAUGUCACAGACCUCAUAGCCAUCCUUCUCUUCUCGGUCGGAAUGAUCCUUCGUCUCCAAGACCAGCCCUUCAGGAGUGAUGGGAGGGUCAUCUACUGUGUGAACAUUAUUUAUUGGUACAUCCGUCUACUAGACAUCUUCGGCGUAAACAAGUAUUUGGGCCCGUAUGUGAUGAUGAUUGGAAAAAUGAUGAUAGACAUGAUGUACUUUGUCAUUAUUAUGUUGGUGGUGCUGAUGAGCUUUGGGGUUGCAAGACAAGCCAUUCUCUUUCCCAAUGAGGAGCCAUCAUGGAAGCUAGCCAAGAAUAUCUUCUACAUGCCCUAUUGGAUGAUUUAUGGGGAAGUGUUUGCGGACCAGAUAGACCCUCCCUGUGGACAGAAUGAGACUCGAGAGGAUGGGAAAAUAAUCCAGCUGCCUCCCUGCAAGACAGGAGCUUGGAUCGUGCCGGCCAUCAUGGCCUGCUACCUCUUAGUGGCAAACAUCCUGCUGGUCAACCUCCUCAUUGCUGUCUUUAACAACACAUUUUUUGAGGUAAAAUCAAUAUCGAACCAAGUCUGGAAGUUUCAGAGGUACCAGCUCAUCAUGACUUUCCAUGAGAGGCCAGUUCUGCCCCCGCCUCUGAUCAUCUUCAGCCACAUGACCAUGAUCUUCCAGCACCUGUGCUGCCGGUGGAGAAAACACGAGAGUGACCCAGACGAAAGGGACUAUGGCCUGAAACUCUUCAUAACUGAUGAUGAGCUCAAGAAAGUACAUGAUUUCGAAGAGCAGUGCAUAGAGGAAUAUUUCAGGGGAAAGGAUGAUCGCUUCAACUCAUCCAAUGAUGAGCGAAUACGAGUAACUUCAGAAAGGGUGGAGAACAUGUCCAUGCGGCUGGAAGAAGUCAACGAGAGAGAGCACUGCAUGAAGGCCUCCCUGCAGACCGUGGACAUCCGCCUGGCGCAGCUUGAGGACCUCAUUGGCCGCAUGGCCACUGCCCUGGAACGCCUGGCGGGCCUGGAGCGGGCAGAGUCCAACAAAAUCCGCUCGCGGACCUCCUCCGACUGCACCGACGCGGCCUACAUCGUGCGUCAGAGCAGCUUCAACAGCCAGGAGGGCAACACCUUCAAGCUCCAAGAGAGUCUAGACCCUGCAGGUGAGGAGACCAUGUCCCCAACUUCUCCAACCUUAAUGCCCCGAAUGCGAAGCCAUUCUUUCUAUUCGGUCAAUGUGAAAGACAAAGGUGGUCUAGAAAAGUUGGAAAGUAUUUUUAAAGAGAGGUCCCUGAGUCUGCACCGGGCCACUAGUUCCCACUCUGUCUCCAAAGAGCCCAAAGCUCCUGCAGCCCCUGCCAACACCUUGGCCAUCGUCCCUGACUCCAGAAGGCCGUCGUCGUGCAUAGAUAUCUACGUGUCUGCCAUGGACGAGCUCCACUGUGACAUAGACCCGGUGGACCCGCUGGACAACUCCAUGAACAUCCUGGGGCUGGGCGAGCCCAGCUUCUCAGUUCUGGCCUCUUCCACGGCCCCUUCGAGCAGUGCCUACGCCACUCUUGCGCCCACCGACAGGCCCCCGAGCCGGAGCAUGGACUUCGAGGACGUCACCUCCAUGGACACUCGAUCCUUUUCGUCAGACUAUACGCAGCUGCCGGAAUGCCCAAACCCCUGGGACUCGGAGCCUCCCACCUACCACGCCAUCGAGCGCUCCAAGAGCAGCCGCCUCCUGGCCACCACGCCCUUCCUCCUGGAGGAGGCCCCCAUCGUCAAGUCGCACAGCUUCAUGUUCUCUCCCUCCAGGAGCUAUUACGCCAACUUUGGGGUGCCCGUGAAAACCGCCGAGUACACGAGCAUUACAGACUGCAUCGACACACGGUGCGUCAACUCGCCCCAAGCCAUCGCGGACAGGGCCGCCCUCCCGGGGGCUCUGCGUGACAAGGUGGAGGACUUGCUGUGUUGCCACCCCGAGAGAGAGGCAGAGCUGAGCCACCCCAGCUCUGACAGCGAGGAUAACGAGGCCAAAGGCCGCAGGGCCACCAUCGCGCUGCCCUCCCAGGAGAGCGACAGCUCAGACCGAACGCCCUCCAACAACAUCACUGUCCCCAAGAUAGAGCGUGCCAAUAGCUACUCAGCCGAGGAGCCCAGCGCACAGUACUCUCACACCAGGAAGAGCUUCUCCAUCAGUGACAAGCUUGACCGGCAAAGGAACACUGGGAGCCUGCGAAACCCGUUCCAGAGGAGUAAAUCCUCCAAGCCGGAGGGCCGAGGGGACAGCCUGUCCAUGAGGAGACUGUCCAGAACAUCUGCCUUCCACAGCUUUGAAAGCAAGCACAACUAA